GCUGCUGUGGUGCGAUCCGUGUUGAGACCGUCCCUCUCCGGGGGACUGACAAAAAAGACAGAACGACACCGCGACUGCCUGCGGCUCGAAGAUAAAGUGCACACAGACGGCCGGGGCUCCCGAAACGAGCCCAGUUUCCACUCCACCAUGUCUACGCUACCGCUGCCCAAGGCGCUGACGCAGCGCAGGACCAACAGUUUGGAUCAGGAGAAAGAGAACUUCGAGAAGUCCCAAGCUGUCAGCAUCAGCAAAGCUGUGAACUCCCAGGAAUGCCCAGUGAAAGAGAAGCACGUCAGGAGCCUGAUAAUUGGCACAUUCCACGAGAAAGGUGCCCACACCUUCUGGAGCCUGGUGAUGAAGCUCCCACUGCAGGAGAACCCCAUCGUCUGCUGGAAGUGCUGCCACGUGGUGCACAAGCUGCUCCGCGAGGGAUACCACCGGGCAAUUCCCGACUCCCUCCGCUAUCGCCAGACAUUCCUGGAGUACGGCAAACUUUGGGGCCUACUCAAAGAAGGCUAUGGAAAGCUGAUCCAGUGCUACUGUCGCCUCAUCGUAGCAAAGCUCAAUUUUCACUACAGGAAUCCAAAGUUUCCAGGUAACUUAACAGUAACAGAUGAAGCCUUGGAUGACAUAGGCGAAGGAGAUGUCAACGUUUUCUUCCAACUGACGUGUGAGAUGUUUGACUACAUGGACGAGAUCCUGGCCCUUCAGCAGGCAGUGUUUGGUUCGCUGGACAUGGCGCGCUCCAACUCCAUGACCAACUCGGGUCAGUGCCGCCUGGCGCCCCUGAUCCCCUGCAUCCAGGACUCGAGCCAGCUGUACGACUACACCGUCAAGGUCCUCUUCAAGCUGCACGCCGCCCUGCCAGGCGAUACCCUCCUCGGCCACAGAGAGCGCUUCCUCAAGCAGUUCAAACUGUUGCAGCAGUUCUACCUGAAUUCAGUGAACCUGCAGUACUUCAAGCACCUCAUCCAGGUUCCCCUCCUACCGGAGAACCCACCCAACUUCCUGAUAGCAUCAGACCUGAGCUCUCACGUGAGCCCUGUGGUGGUGUUGCCACCCCAGAAUGAGACGCCCGAGAAUGAACCGGUGGAUGCCACCCUUGUGGACACGUCUGUGCCACCGCCCCCGGACAAGCUGCAGCAGAUGUUUGGUGCUGCAGGAGACAGGGCUGACCUGAACAACUCCACAAGCGAUGAGGCCGAGAAGGAUCGGCUGAUAGCGCGGCUACUCCGUGAGAACUCUGAGCUGCGGAUGGAGCUGCAGCGGGUCCAGCUGGAGGACCAGCGGUACAUAGACGAUCUCAAGCGACACGUGGUGGCCCUCGAGGCCCAGGUGGCCGAGCACGAGCGCACCAUCCGGCAACUGAACAAGGAGACGGAGGCAUUGCAGACAACAGCCUCGUCAGGUAGUGAAGCAUCCAAGAAAGCCGAGGAGGCUGAGAAGAAGGCCAAGAGCAAUGAGGAGAAGUUCCACAAAAUGAAGGAAGUCUACAACAAGCUUCGGGAGGAGCACAUUGUCCUGCUGAGGGCGAAAGCUGACAUCGAGAAGCAGCUUUCAUCAGCAAAGGUGGCUGCAGAGGGUGCCGAGAAAGUACGUCAGGAUCUAGGUGAGCAGCUGAGGCAGGCUCGUGAGGAGAAGAGGACAGUCGAGGCACAACUCGGUGGUUUGGCCGCCCAAGGGGCAGAGGCAGAGACCCUGACAAAGGACAACCACACCCUGCGGGAAAAUGUUCAGGAGUGUGUACUGAUCACGAGCCUGGAAGAGCGGGUGAAAGAGCUUCAGGCAGAGAUGGCGCGUGACCGGCAGGAGCAGGAGACGGCCAUGGCGGCGCUAGGAGAGAGCCACGCCCAGGCGCAGCAGAGGCUGCAGCAGCAGGCUCUUGCGGCCAUACUGCGCAUGCUUGCGGGAGUGGUACAGGAAGGGGAGGCUAUCGUGGGUGCCUCGCUUGAGGACAUGGACCGGCCCGGCCGUCAGGGCUACAUGGGCACACCCGAGACCCUGCUGCAGCAGACGCUCGUGGUGUCGCAGGCGUUGGACAAGCUCAAAGCUGGCUUUGAGAAGUUUGAAGGAAACAAGGAAGAUGCCGACGAGCUGAUCUGCUCAGUGUGUCCUCUGGCCCACGUGGUGUCACAGCUGAUGGCAGCCGGCAAGGGCGUGUCGCAAGUGUCGCCCAACAUUGAGCUCGGAGAUGAGCUCGCCUCAGCUUGUCGUCUCCUGGGAACGGAGUCCCUGGCACUUCUCAAGUCUCUAAAGACAGAAGGCAGCGAAGGAGCUCGUGGUGAGGAGGUGCGUGCACGGUCGGAUGCUGUGCACGCGUCUCUAGAGGCGGUGGCGCGCGCGAGCGGCGCCCUGUCCACCUCCCUGGGCGAGGCGGACACCCAGAAGCUGGGAGACCUUCUGGAAGACGAGCUGGCACAGAUGGACCGUGCCAUUGACGAGGCCGCCGAGCGCAUCCAGGACAUGCUGAACAAGUCACGGGAGGGUGACUCUGGCAUCAAGCUGGAGGUGAACAGCAAGAUCCUCGACGCUUGCACAGGACUCAUGCAGGCCAUACGAGAGCUGGUCAAGAGCUCCAAGCACCUCCAGGAAGAGAUAGUGGCCAAAGAGAAGGGCUCUGCAUCAAAGAAGGAGUUCUACAGUCGGAACCACCGCUGGGCCGAGGGUCUCAUCUCGGCUGCCAAGGUGGUUGGCCUUGGAGCCAAGUUCCUCGUGGACGCGGCAGACCGUGUCGUGUCCAGCGGCGGCGGGAAGUUCGAGGAACUGGUGGUGGCCAGCCAGGAGAUCGCGGGUGCAACUGCGCAGCUGGUGGUUGCCUCGCGUGUGAAGGCUGACCGCGGCUCGACUCGGCUAUCAGCGCUGGGAUUGGCCUCCAAGGGUGUCUCCCAGGCGACGGGGAAUGUGGUGGCCACUGCCAAGGCCUGUGCUCACCUUGUUGAAGACUCAGAAGUGCUUGAUUUCUCCAGGAUCACACUACACCAGGCCAAGAGACUAGAAAUGGAAUCACAGGUCCGUGUCCUGGAACUAGAGAGCAGCCUGGAGCGGGAACGGCUGCAGCUGGCGGCACUCCGCAAGCGCCACUACCACCUGGCUGGUGCCAGCGAGGGAUGGGACGAUGCGCCUGAGAAAUCUAGUUUAGCACAAGGGGAAAAAAAAAAAGAAGACUCUAGCUGCUUGGCUGCCAGCCAGGUCUGUCCUGUUGUCAACCUUGUAAGUUUUCACUUGUUUACAACUGUUUAUAGAUGUCUCUUAUCAUUCCCUCUUCUCUUUUUUCUUUCUUGCUCUCCGGUCUGUUUACCGCAGCUGUUGCCUUAGUUGUGUAUUCAUUGCCAUUAGCUUUUUCAUGUUCUGUGCUGAGAAAAGCACAAAUUUAAACCGAGCACCAGAAGCUUUGUGUCAUAAAGUGGAUCAGAAUGUCUACUGCAGGGAGUGAUAAAACUUGUAAGCUCUAAUGAGAAUCAGGAAUAUGACCAGUUCUGUUCGCUUUUGAAGGGUCCCGCACUCUUGUAGUGUGCUUUGGUGUUCCUCGUUACUCUUUGCUUCAACGAUAGCUUGUCACUUUGCUCGUGCGCCGAUGCCCUUGCAACCAUUUAAGAGUUAUCUUGUGUUACUGCUGUUCCUUUGUCCUGUGUAUAGAAUAUUCUAUUUUCUGUUCGCAGGCACUGCCAUGUAGGAAAUGUUGGUCUGUCAAUGCAACCACUAUUAUCACACAGUUGUGCAUGGUGGCGCUAGUUUAACACGAACUGCGAAACACCGAACGGUUGUCUACAUGCCUAUAUCUUGCCGGUUGCAGUCUGACCAGUGGUGUAGUAGUCUCACCGCUCCUGUAGUAGCAUCUUGCCAUAGUAGCAUCUUGGCAGCGCGUGUUUGUUUCCCUGUAAGUGUUUUUUUAUAACGUGCGUGUCUAAGAAGCAGAUUAUAUUUCAGUAAUAUAUGAGGCUGCACUUUUUGGUAAGUUUUUGUUUGUGGGACCAUUUUUUAAAUUGAAUGUUAUCCCUCUGUACCAUGUUGUGCGUCAUGGAGCCUUCUUGUCGUGCAUUUCAUUUGCAUUUUGUCUUGCCGUUCUGCAUUUUUUGCAGCUGUCUGACUUUUUUUUUUUCUUGGAACAAAAGGUGCGAACCUGUACGUGAACAUCUGUCGAUCACAUUUAUAAAUGUAUUGAGCAGAGAUUUUACAUGAUGUUCAUUCCCACGUGCAGCGAUGAAGUUCACGACGGUAAUUAUGGUGAUGUGCACCAAAAUGUAGAUGUCUUCUUUUUUGUUACUUUUUGUAUAUUUAUAGAAUGAAGAGAGAGAAAAAAAGCGUGUAAACACAAUGCCAUGCGUGGUGUCUGUGUGUACUUCUCGCAGGCCUUUUUGUAUUGAGUAAUGAAUACAUACAUGUUAAUUAAAAUGAUUACAUGUUAC